AUGCCCGAUAUGCUGUUCCCUGUGUCAGCAGUCACGCAACGCCCGCAGGUGUGCUGGGAAUGCAAGGCCCUACUGGAAAAGAGUGUCAACUUUAAGGAGCAAGUGCAGAACUCAUAUAGAAUAUUACAGACUUAUACUAAAGAGAAUCUCCACGAAUGCCUUCUAACAGACGUGAGCCGCUCCCCUCGUCUGAUCAUCGGCCGUACCGAAGCAGUCAGCAUAUCACCGGAUGAUGAUGAUCACGUAGAUAGCGUGCCGGAAGUUCCUAUAGUCUGCAUCAAGAAUGAGAUGAAAGAUGACUCCGAUUUUGAUAAAGAUGACACAAACGUUUUGGAAGAUACCAGCCCACUGUCAGACUGUUCAGAAAACACGAAGAAUUUUGAGUCAGAACUUCAGAACAUCAUGUGCUCUAUGAAGAGAGAUGACAAGAGAAAGAGAGUUAGCAAAAAGAUUAAAAAAGCUAAGAAACUUGUACUUUCCAAUGUUAAACGUGAAAAGUCGAAAUCUGAACAAAAUGACCAAAAGAUCUUGACAAUAGACAUGAGUUAUGAAGAGAUGCUAUCGGAGAGAGAUAGAGAGGCGACCAGAGAGUCGUUUGUAAAAUCACAGUAUAAGUGUGAGAGCUGCCUCAUAGGGUUUAACUAUAAGAAGUCCUAUUUAGCUCAUGUGGCCAACAAACAUUCACCGGAGUUAGGAGAAUACACGUGCCCUGUAUGCAAAACUAUUUUACCGUCCGUUGACUCAUUCACUGCACACUAUAAAAGACAUUUAAGAAGAUAUGAAUGCGGUAUUUGUCACAAGCGGACCCUAGAUAUGAAGGUUAUGCAACAGCAUUAUUACUCAACGCACGAGAUAUCCCUCAAGGAGUAUAAAUGUAACCUCUGCGGAAAGAUUUCCAAUUCCAUAGACACGCAUCGUUACCACAAAGACACUCACAAAGCUAGAAUUCAAUGCACAGAGUGUGAUAAAACCUUCAGGCAUAGAGCAGGACUCAUGAACCAUAGACUUGCAGUGCACGAGUACCACAAUGCAUUUCCUUGCACGAUCUGUGAUAAACAAUUUCGGUGGAAAAACAGUCUUAAACGGCAUUUGGAGAAACACGAAGCUAAGGCUAAGACAUCAUCAUCAUCAGCGUACUGCUCCGCGUGCAACGUGAGCUUCUCUUCCACGUGCUCGUACCAGCGCCACAUGAGGAACAGCCUGAGGCACGUGUCGCACGACCAGCUCAAGUUUAUUUGUGAUCACUGCAACAAGCGUUUCGCCGACAAGACGAAGCUUCGGGAUCAUAUUGAAGAGAAACAUUUACAUAGAACGUACCAGUGUCAUAUAUGUAUGAAGCCGUCUAAAAACCGCGUUGGCUUAGACCAGCAUAUCCGCAACGUGCACAAAGGCCGGCCGAACAACAAGAUGUGCCAUCAUUGCGGUAAAGGAUUCCCUACGAAAGUGCAGUUGGAGUCGCAUAUUCGUACCCACACUGGCGAGAGGCCGUUUAUCUGUGAAUUCUGUCCUACCACGUUCUCUCAGCAGUCGAACUUGUACAAACAUAAUAGACAGGUACAUCUGAACAUUAAAUCGAAACGUUACCCGAUUUGCAAGAGGAAGGAAGACAAACCAUUAGAUGUGCCCAUACUGGACCAUACGCAACCCAUAGACCCAUAUAGGCCGGUAGCCAUGUUGCAUUAUUCCGAGAAAGGGUUUGUUAUCUAAUACAUAUACAUAGUAUGAAUAAAGUUCUUACGGCCAUCCCAAUAUUCAGUCUAUCCAUGGUUUUUUUAACC